UCGACGCACAACCGCCGCUUUCCUUCAUCCUCGCUUUCCCCAAUUCUCGCUGAGUCCUUCCUCUCGCGAUCCCUCGAUUCGAAGAGGCUUUUUCAUCCGCGGGUUUUCAGGGUUUUAUGGCUGCUGGACGGCAUAGUGGGUAUAGAGAGCAUGAAUUCAGGGAUAAGGACUCUGAUGUAGAUCAGUCCAGGAGGAAAGAGUACUACCAGGAUCGUGAGAGAAGAGGUGGCCAUGAUCACCGAGAUAGAGCUAGGGUUAGGCCGAGGGACGUCAAGGAGAGAGAGGCUUUGAAUGGGGCUUCUCAUUCACCGUUAGGUUUUGGCAAUUCUAGUGGGGGGAAGGCCGGGGAUCAUCAUGUUAGGAGUAGGUUUCAUAGGGGGCCAGUGGAUAGGGAACCUGGUGAGUUGUCGAGUGGGAGCAGCUCAGAUGAUCCUGAGUUAUCUGUGUCCAUGGUCAGGGAUAACUCAGUGAUCAACCAGGGAAACGGAGUUUUGUCGAGCAAGAGAAGAAAGUUUUCACCAAUCAUUUGGGACAGGGAUGAUGGCAAACUUAGCGCUGUCACCAAUUCCAAAAGCAAGAAUGGGCAUUCAAUUGAACAAGUUGCACUCCCUCCACUCCCUCCACCACCUCAGUUGCCAGAAGGUUUUGUCCCUGUUAGCUCAAUUAAUUCUGUCCAGCUGAGUGCAGAUCACGCACCAACGAUACACGAUGUAAAAGUCUCUGUUGAUUCACCUCAAGAUCAGCAGAAUCAUGACCAGGAGCCUGGGGUGGUUGAUGAAGAUGAAGAAGACUUCUCUCUUGCUCCUAAUAUUUCUACUUCACGAUGGGCUGACAGCAACAAUGCUCUUGAUGAUGAUGAUGAUGAUGAUGAUGAAACUGAAGAUGUAAAACAGGAUUUUGUGCCCAAAAGGAGGAGAAACACCCCUCUGGCAAAUUCUAUUGAACAAAGGUUGCUGAAGGCUCCAAGUCCUGAGGUUGGGGAAGUCAUCUCUGCAUCGAAGUCAUCUGGCUCAGAGGGAGAGAGGAGGGAUACUGACCAUGAGGUUGAGGUGGAUAAGAAUGUCUAUAUGGAUGUUGAUGAGGAUGCUGCCAAUGGCAAUGUGGCUGAGCAUCUCUCAGACACGGAUUCUGAUGAUGAUGUUGAUAGGACUGAGUCCCCAAAAACUGCACAGCCUCCUCAAAGAUGUAUAAACAUGCUGCUAGGGUGUAGAAGUGUUGAUGAGUUUGAGAGGCUAAACAAGAUAGAUGAAGGCACUUAUGGAGUUGUCUAUAGAGCGAGGGAUAAGAAGACCGGUGAGGUAGUGGCUCUUAAGAAGGUGAAGAUGGAGAAGGAACGAGAGGGUUUUCCAUUGACUUCUCUUAGAGAGAUAAAUGUUCUCCUAUCCUUUCACCACCCAUCAAUUGUGGAUGUGAAAGAGGUUGUUGUGGGAAGCAGUCUUGAUAGUAUCUUCAUGGUUAUGGAAUACAUGGAGCAUGAUUUGAAAGGUUUAAUGGAGACGAUGAAGCAACCUUUUAGCCAGAGUGAAGUCAAAUGCUUAAUGUUGCAACUAUUGGAGGGUGUCAAGUAUCUUCAUGACAACUGGGUUCUCCACAGGGAUCUGAAAACUUCAAACCUUCUUAUGAACAACCGUGGUGAGCUUAAAAUUUGUGAUUUUGGGUUAGCUCGCCAAUAUGGUAGCCCACUGAAACCAUAUACUCACUUAGUUGUGACUUUGUGGUACAGGGCGCCUGAACUUCUGUUAGGAAUAAAAGAAUAUUCAACUGCUAUUGAUAUGUGGUCUUUAGGAUGCAUUAUGGCUGAGCUUUUUGGCAAAGAACCAUUAUUCAAUGGAAAAACUGAGCUUGAUCAACUUGAUAAAAUAUUUAGAACACUUGGUACACCUAAUGAGAAGAUCUGGCCAGGAUUUGCUAAAUUGCCUGGAUUAAAAGUUAGCUUUGUUAAGCAAACCCUGGCCUUUACCAGACUUCGAGCUAUGGGUGAUCUUGUCGAGGCCUCCCUCUUUACCUUGGUUGCAGUUGAUAGUUGA